GUUGACAUUAGCAUUAUAAACACAAACUAAAGAGAGCUGUAUUUGUUUGACCCCAAAUUAAUAUUAAUAUAAGACUUUGUGUAAAAAUAAUUUUCUUAAUUUAAUUCACUUAGGAUACCAAUCAAGAUGCCAAAAUAUUAUUGCGACUAUUGUGAUACAUACUUGACCCACGAUUCGCCCAGCGUACGGAAAACACAUUGUACAGGACGUAAGCAUAAAGAUAACGUAAAAUUUUUUUACCAAAAAUGGAUGGAGGAGCAGGCACAACAUUUGAUCGAUGCUACUACUGCAGCCUUCAAAGCAGGCAAAAUUGCCAAUAAUCCAUUUGCACAGCCAGGAAAAGGUGUUGCUAUACCACCACCAGCCCAAUUGACAAUGGGUCAAAGGCCUGGUGGGCCUGGAGCACCACCUGGUAUGAUGCCACCAACUAUGGGACCUGGAGGCCCAAUGCCACCAAUGAUGAUGGGCCCACAUGGACCAAUGCCUCCAAUGAUGGGAAUGAGACCUCCAAUGAUGGGUAUGGUACCUAUGGGUCCCAUGGGACCCAUGGGCCCUGUCAGACCUCCCAUGGUAAAUCCUCAACAAAUGAAAAAUUAGAUGUGUUUAGUUUAAUUAAUAAUUAUCAUUUCUUACUGAAAAGUAAAAUAACUUUUAUAUUUUAAA